UUUUGUCAACUUUAUGAGAAGAAAUCCAACACAAAUCUCGGCGAGUGUGCUUUCUUUGACCACUGAGAGACUGAGAGAUCGGAGGAUGCCUCCGAAGAGGAAUAGCACAUCACCGGCAACAUCUUACCAGGUCUUCCUGAGCUUCAGGGGACCCGACACCCGUCAGGGAUUCACAGAUGUCCUUUACCAUGCUCUCGUAGAUGCCGGGAUUCAUGUUUUCAGAGACAAUGAGGAGAUCCGUAAAGGCGAAUAUAUCGGCGAUGAGAUCCUGAGAGCCAUCGAGGACUCCAGGAUCUUCGUGCCCAUCUUCUCCAGGACCUAUGCUAGCAGUAAGUGGUGCCUCGUUGAGCUCGCGAAGAUGGUGGAGUCCAAGGAGAAAUCGAGCGGCAGUAAAAAGAUCCUGCCCAUUUUCUAUGACGUGGGCGUUGAUGAUGUCAAGCUUAAGACGGAUUUGUACACUGGAGCUCUGUUGAAACAUGGGGAGAAGUUCAGUACCGAUAUAGUGCACCAGUGGGAGGAGGCUCUUCGAGAAGCCGGAGAAAUCAAGGGUUGGGAACUGAAGGAUAAAGGUUAUGCAGACUUUGCCAAGGAAUUUGUCAGGGAGGUUUCAGCGGAGUUGAAAGUGAAACAAAAAUAUGUGACUGGGAGCUUAGUUGAGAGGAUUGCUCAGCAAGAUGCUCUCAUAAGCAUGUUGGAUCUAAAGUCCUCUGAUGAUGUUCGGUUGGUCUGGAUCCAUGGAAUGGGGGGUAUCGGCAAGACGAUACUUGCCAUGGCUGUUUUCAACCAACUCUGCAAUCACUUUGAAGGCUGCAGCUUCCUUCUAGAUGUGCAAGAAACAACCAAGCGCAAGGGUAUUGAACACUUGCAGAGACAACUCUUGCAAGAUCUUGAUGUAAAAGCAGCAGACAUCACCAUCACUGACGAGAAUGAUGGGAUCCAGAUAAUCAGCGAAAAGUUGCAGAACAGAAAAGUUCUAGUUGUUCUGGAUGAUGUGCACGACCACUGGGAGCAUAUUGGGAAACUAGCAAGAGAGGCUAGUUGGUUUGGAGUUGGAAGCAGGAUAAUUAUUACCUGUCGGAGUAGAAGGGUUCCUGCAUUUGAAGGUGGAACAGUCAAGACAUUCGAAGCAGAGCCAAUGGAAUUCGAAGAAUCUCUCCUCCUUUUCAGCAGGCAUGCCUUUGGGAAGGAGACUCCGCCACAUGACUCCCUUGACCUUUCAAAGGAAGCCGUCAGAAUUACCGGAGGACUUCCCUUGGCUCUUGAAGUAAUAGGUUCAAAACUUCGAACAAGUGAUCGUGGCCAGUGGAAUCAUAUAAUGGGCACCAUACAGAAAAUACCGGACAGGAAGAUCCAGGACAGGCUUAAGAUAUGUUAUGAUUCUUUACGCUGGGAAGUGAAGAAUAUAUUCCUUGAUAUCGCAUGUUUUUUCAUUAAUGAGGAGAAAACAAAAGCCAUUUACAUGUGGCAAGCCUGUGACUUUGAACCAGAGUUGGCAGUGCAAGAGCUUGUCGAUGCGUCCCUAGUAAAGCUCACUGAUGAGAACAAGUUCUGGAUGCAUGAUCAGCUACGGGACCUUGGAAGAAAACUCGUUCGUGAUGAGAGGUUAAAGCACCACAGAAAGCCUUGCACUAGAAUAUGGAUGCAUGAGGAUGCUCUGAAAGUGCUGCAGGAUGAAGAGGGCAAAGAAAAUGUUGAGAUGCUUAGUCUUUCGUCCGAAGGACUCUUGGAGGAUUGCGUCCUUACAAAACAUGAAUUGAAGAAUUUCAAUAAUCUAAGAUUUCUCAGUCUCAUAAGAUCGAAUUUUUCGGGAGAUCUAGAACAUGUGCUCCCCAAGUUGAUAUGGCUUUCUUGGCAUUCUUGUCGUGGUGUAUUUCAGGGAACAAAUCUGUAUUUGAAGAAUCUAGUCGUGCUUGACCUCUCAGAAAGUUCCGUAAGCGAAACUUGGACUGGAUGGCGCUAUAUCGGGAUGUGCGAGGAGUUGAAAGUUCUAGACCUCAAGAGGUGCAACCGCUUGACCAAAACGCCCGACCUAUCGAUGUGCACAAAGUUGGAGAGACUAAUACUCAAGGAUUGCAUUAACCUAGUCAAAAUAGACCGUUCUGUAGGAAAGUUGAAAUGCCUAAGGUAUCUGAAUGCUAGUGGCUGUCGUUAUCUCAGAGAAAUUCCGAGAGAAGUUUGCUGUUUGGAUGGCCUCGUUGAUAUUGUCAUGAUAAUGGAAGGCAGCUUCGAGGACAGCCACAAGCUUCUGGACUCCAUCGGGAGACUCUCGAGACUUCGGGGCCUGUGUGUGAGUUUGAGAAGCAGCUCCAAGGACAGCCACAAGCUCCCGGACUCCAUCGGGAGACUCUCAAGACUUCAGCGCCUGUGUGUGAGUUUGGGAAGCAGCAGACCUCCAAGCUCACUUGGAGAUCUAAAAUCACUGACUAUGCUGGUCCUGUCAUGGUCAAAGAUGGCUGAACUACCUGAGUCCAUUGGAGGACUUGUGAAACUUGAGUUUCUGUCAUUAUUCUUCUGUAGAGGAGUAAAGGAGCUCCCAGCUUCGAUUGGUGGUCUGAAAUCGCUGGUUGAGUUGAAUAUUUCAAUGUCAGGAAUCGUGCAACUGCCCGAUUCGGUUGGGAAUUUGCAGAAACUGAAAGUGAUUGAUAUGAGAGGUUGUGAUAUUAUGAGGUUGCCAGAUUUCCUAGGGAAUUUGGAGAAGCUGGAAAGGUUGGAUGUCUACGGUUGCAAAUUUUUGCAAGAUAUCCCAUCAGCAAUUGAGGGGCUCACUUCCUCACUAAAAGUCUCAUCCUAUGCCUGGGAGAAGAGUUGUGACAGGUAUUGGAACCAGCAUGAGGCAAUUGUACGGUUGCGGAGAUGGAGGGAAGCUGCAUUAAAUUUAAAUGCCUCUCGUCGAUUCAGAUACACCCUUGACUUGAAGAAAGAGCAAGAGAAGCAACAGACUUUGAGGAAGACUAGGGCCCAUGCUCAGGCCAUUCGGGCUGCAUAUCUUUUCAAAAUGUCAAAGGACUAACUAAUGGUACUACUCUACUCCCAUAUCUUUGAGUUUGUGCUCAAUCAUGAAAUGAAUGGUGUAUAUAUAUAUAUAUAUAUAUGUAUGUAUACACACACACUUGAUAGGUUAACUGAAUGAUAUUAGCUAUCCUUUUCAGGUAGUUUAUUUAAUUUAAUUGCAGUCAUUAGUAACUCAGCGACACAAGGAUUAUGUUUUUUCUAUAAUUUGCAAAAGUUGUUGUUUUUCUUUCUGCUAGAAUGAAAUGUUUCUUAGUCUAGGAUGUUGAGGUCUUAAUCUAACAAACGUGUUUGUUAAGUGUAGUUGCUAAUCUGUUCUCGUU